UACAUUAAAAUGAGGUUUCCCGAACUGGCGGCUGAUCUCGUCAUCUAGUUCGUCCGAAUCCCCUACAUAAACCCCAUUCCGAUCCUCACUCAAUACAUCUGACUUCACUUGGAAGUUGCUCUACAUCGUUAGAUCGUUGUGUCUCGAGCUUCACAUCAGGAUUGUGAGCAUUGAGAGUGAAGAGUUGGCUCUUCAGCAAUGGUGAUCAUGAAAGGACAUAAGGUGGCCAUAGUAGUAGCUAUGGUUGCUGCUGCCCUCCUGGUCAGCGUCGAGAUAUCAGUGGAAGCUGGGCGAGUGCUCAUGGAAACUGGGGAGAAGUGGGAGUGGGAGAAGUCCCCGCCUUACACAUACUCUCCUCCUCCCCAUCACAAGAAGAAUCCUCCCGGCCAUGAUGAUCACGAUUACAAGCAUCCUCCCAAACACCACGAUGACGAUCAUCACAAGAAGAAGCCGUGCCCUCCACCAAAACACGACGACGACCACCACAAAAAUCCCCCGAAGCACGACGACGACCACUACAACAAGCCUCCGAAACAUGACGACGACCACCACAACAAGCCUCCGAAACACGAUGAUCAUCACAACUAUCCUCCCAAACAUCACGGUGACAAGAAGAAGCCAUGCCCUCCCCCACCAUAUUGAGCAUUAGUGACAAGGGAUUCUUUUGUUGGAUUCCAGGGCGGCUGUUUCUGGAGGUUUCUGCUUGUAACUCUUCGGGGUUACUGGAUGGUCUUCAACGUUGGCAAGUAGGCUGUGACGGAAUGUCUUGUUUUGAAUGUUUUGUUUAUAUGUGUGAUUUCUGUAGGAAACGUAAUAAAGGUGUGAAAGGCCAGGUCCACGGUUGAGGGAAUUCGUAGUGCUCAGCUUCUGCUAAGAACACUCUAAGCAACGUGUCAGUGCUGCACACGUAGUGGAUGUCUUUGGAUGUAUCAGUAUUGUCAAUAAAUAAAUAGACCCUCCUCCUUCGUUAUUCUGUGA